AUGGAGCUGAGUGUCUGGAAAAAUUCAGUUGGCGUGUCUGGCAGUUCUGCAGAGUCCUCCAUUGUCAGUGAAAUGGAGUUCGCUAAUCUAGAGCCAACUGGACCGUGUCCCGAGCCACAGCUCUCCCCUGGGGAUCAGCGGGUGUUGGUCAGUGCGGGCGAUGGGCGCCUUACCUCGGGGGACACCCGCAACUCCAGAAGCCGCCUCAGCGCCCGCGGGGCGCACGCAGCCCGGCCGCCUCUCCGCAGCGCUCGCUCUCCCCGCCUGGCCAGCGGCUGCCAGCGGGGGCCGGGGGGGAAGGUCGUGGCGGGCGGCGGGAAGGGUAGCGCGGCGGGGGCCCGGGAGCGCUCCGACCCCGAUUGCCUUCACUCCGCCCGCCCCCGGCUUAAUCAGAGCGCCGCGAUAACCAAAGGUUGGCAGCUAUUAGAAGGCUGUGUCUGUAAAGGCAAAGGCCAGUGCUUCUGCUCCGGGACCAAAGGGGAGAAGGGAGAGAGGGGCUUUCCUGGACCCCCAGGUUCACCUGGCCAGAAGGGAUUCCCAGGUCCUGAAGGCUUACCUGGACCACAUGGACCCAAGGGCAUCCCAGGCAAUCCUGGACCUUUUGGACUUCCAGGUUUACCUGGGUGCAAUGGCUCUAAGGGUGAACAAGGGUUCCCAGGAAUUCCGGGGACACCAGGCUACCCAGGGAUCCUGGGCACCCCAGCUAAUGGAAAAGAUAUAGAGAUGAACAGAAAGGGUGACCUUGGGCUUCCAGGAACUCCAGGAUUCCAGGGUUUGCCAGGCCCCCCUGGCUUCCCUGGGCCUAUUGGGCCCCCAGGACCUCCCGGUUUUCUUGGCUUUCCAGGAACCAUGGGACCUCCAGGACCUAAGGGUCACAUGGGUGACAAAGUGAUCGGACCCAAAGGAGACCAGGGAAAACCUGGAAAAGAUGGCGCCCCUGGUUUCCCUGGAACUCAGGGAGCCAAGGGCAACCAGGGCUUCCCUGGAUUAACGGGUGAAUCUGGCAUUAAGGGCUGGAAAGGGGACCGUGGACCUCCAGGAUUCCGUGGUCCAACAGAAUAUUAUGACGCAUUCCUGGAAAGGGGAGAUGAAGGAAGGCCAGGCCCACCAGGGCCCAAAGGAGCUCGUGGCCCCCAGGGUCCCCCUGGCCCUCCUGGACCCCCUGGAACACCAGGAUCAUCGAGGCCUGGCCUGAGAGGAAGCCCUGGACCUCCGGGUGUAAAAGGAAGCAAAGGGGAGCCAGGACCCCCGGGGAGAAAUGCAGUGGGGCCGCCUGGGUCCCAAGGUUGUCCUGGCUCGCCAGGCCCUGUAGGACUGCCAGGGCCCUCAGGACCACCAGGUAACAUUGUUUUCUGCCAUGGUCCUCCUGGAGAACGUGGAAUUCCAGGCCCGCUUGGGCCUCCAGGGCUCCCAGGACGGGAUGGACCCAAAGGAGAGCCGGGCCUCCUGUGCACACAGUGUCCCUGUAUCCCAGGGCCUCCAGGUCUCCCAGGAUUGCCAGGGCCCCAUGGUGUCAAAGGAAUUCCAGGGGAACAAGGUGAAGCUGGUUCAAAAGGAAGCUCGGGGUCCCCAGGAAGUCCGGGUCUCCCAGGAUUGCCAGGGCUCCCAGGAGCUCAGGGUGACCCAGGGCUUAAAGGACAAAAAGGCGAACAGGCUCUGCCAGUGGGACAGGUGGGAGCUCCAGGAGAUCCUGGGGUCAGAGGCCAACCGGGAAGGAAGGGUCUGGAUGGAACCCCAGGAGCCGCCGGAGUGAAAGGAUCCUCAGGACCUAAAGGCCACCCGGCCCUGAGUGGUGAGAAGGGGGAACAAGGUCCUCCAGGAGAUCCUGGCACUCCUGGGCCCCCAGGACCCACAGGAUCAGCUGGACCACCCGACUCUGGACCCCAAGGAAUGCGAGGUUCAAAGGGAGAGCAAGGAGUUCCUGGAGCCCGUGGACCACCCGGAGAAGUCGGUCCUAAAGGAGAACCCAGUGUUGCAAGACCAGUCCCAGGACCCCCAGGACCUCCAGGGCCCCCUGGCCGAUCUGGCCCCCGGGGUCCACCUGGAGUCCCAGGACCCAUGGGAAAAUGUGAUCCAGGUCUCCCUGGGCUUGACGGUGAACCAGGAAUUCCAGGAAUUGGAUUUCCUGGGCCUCCUGGACCUAAGGGAAACCGAGGUUUUCCAGGGGGAAAAGGAGCCCCUGGGUGUCCUGGAGAAAUGGGAAGGCCUGGAGCCCCAGGAGCACCAGGCCUCCCCGGAGCCAAGGGAGAACCAGGGCCAGCCAUACCUGGAGAACCGGGAAAGCCGGGUUUUCCAGGAGAAAGAGGCAAUUCUGGGGAAAAUGGAGAAAUUGGACUCCCUGGACUUCUGGGUCUCCCUGGAAUCCCAGGAAAGCAAGGGCUCGAUGGACCACGAGGAGAUCCAGGGUGGCCUGGGCCACCCGGAGGAAAAGGCGCCCCAGGACAGUGUAUGGAGGGGCCCAGGGGACCUCAAGGACUUCCGGGUUUGAAUGGAUUGCAAGGAGAACCAGGAAGAAGAGGUGUCGCAGGGUCAAAGGGAGACCCAGGUAUACCAGGCUUGGAUAGGUCAGGGCUUCCUGGAGAACCUGGGCCACCAGGGAAGCCAGGUCAUCAAGGUGAGAUUGGACCACCUGGCCAAAAAGGAUAUCCAGGGAAUCCAGCCUCUCAAGGGCCACCAGGACAAAGAGGAAUGGUUGGAAUGAUGGGCUUUCCUGGAAAUAUGGGCCCUCCCGGUCCUCCUGGGAACCCAGGAGACCCUGGCCAGAGGGGUGGCCUUGGGAUGACAGGCAUAAAGGGCGAGACAGGGCUUCAGGGAGUCAAAGGGGAGCAAGGAGACAAAGGCGCUCCAGGGCCUUCUCAAAUAUCCCGCUUCCUGGGGGACAAGGGAGAACCGGGUCUCAAAGGUAAAUCAGUUCUUCGAUUUUAUCUGCUUUUUCUCCUAAUUUCAGGUCCCAAAGGGAAAAGAGGGGAUCCUGGAUUCCCAGGAUUUCCUGGAAGGCCAGGACUCCCAGGCCUUCCUGGUCUCCAAGGAGAUAAGGGAAAUCAAGGUUAUUCUGCUGGUGCAAAGCCAGGACCACCGGGACCAAAGGGGGAUCCAGGCCUUCCCGGGGACAUGGGUGAGAAAGGACAGAGAGGACAGCCUGGCCCGCCGGGCCACAUGGGGCCCCCUGGACCUGACGGCCUCCCUGGACAUGCCGGGAGCCCUGGCCUCCCAGGAAAGCCAGGUCCUGAUGGUGAUUUGGGGUUUAAAGGCAUCAAAGGCUUCCCAGGAUCUCCGGGAAUGAAAGGGCCCCCAGGCCCUCCGGGACUCCCAGGGCCUCCUGGACCAAUGGGUGUAAGAGGUAACCAAGGACGUGAUGGAAUUCCUGGACCAACUGGAGAAAAGGGAGAAACAGGUUUGCUGGAGCCAAUUCCAGGUCCCAAAGGAAGCCCUGGUGCUCAAGGAGCCAAAGGAGACAGGGGAGCCCCUGGCUUGCCUGGCCUGCCAGGCAGGAAAGGGACAGUGGGAGAUGUUGGACCAAGAGGACCCACUGGGAUAAAAGGCCUCCCAGGACCACCAGGUGUCCCUGGUGCAUUUAUCCCUGGCCAAAAAGGAACUCAAGGUCCCCCAGGCUCAAGAGGAAACCCAGGUGAACCUGGUCCACCUGGACCUCCAGGAAAUCUAACAAAAGGCAUUAAAGGAGACAAAGGCUUUAUGGGCAGGCCUGGCCCCAAAGGUCCACCUGGAGCCGUAGGAGAUCCAGGACCACCAGGCCAUCCGGGCCCACCAGGAAAGCCCGGUCUCCCAGGACUCAGAGGGGAUCCCGGCCUCCGCGGAUUUCCCGGCAUGCAAGGAGAGAAGGGCAAUCCAGGAUUUCUGGGAUCAAUUGGGCCUCCAGGACCAACUGGGCCCCCAGGACCACCCGGUGCACGUGGAGAUCCCGGCACGCUUAAGGUCAUCUCCCUUCCAGGAAGCCCAGGGCCUCCAGGCCCACCAGGAGGACCAGGCAUGCAAGGAGACCCCGGACCACCAGGGCCCGCAGGAAACCCAGGACCCUGUGGGCCAACGGGUAAGCCAGGCAAGGAUGGGAAACCUGGAACUCCUGGACCAGCGGGAGAAAGAGGCAACAAAGGCUCCAAAGGAGAGAAAGGGCCACCUGGAUCCGACGGGCUGCCAGGCUCAAAGGGAGGACAGGGGCAGCCAGGACUGCCAGCAGCUGGGACCACACUGAAAGGCUUUAUCUUCGCCCGACACAGCCAAACGACAGCCAUCCCACGUUGCCCAGAAGGGACGGAGCCUCUCUAUAGCGGGUUUUCUCUCCUUUUCGUACAAGGAAAUGAACGAGCCCAUGGACAAGACCUUGGAACCCUUGGCAGCUGCCUGCAGCGCUUCACCACAAUGCCUUUCCUGUUCUGUGACAUCCACAAGGUGUGCAAUUUUGCAUCACGAAAUGAUUACUCAUACUGGCUGUCAACACCUGCCCCGAUGCCAAUGGACAUGGCCCCGCUGACUGGCAGGGCCCUGGAGCCUUACAUUAGCAGAUGCACUGUGUGCGAAGGGCCUGCAAUCGCCAUCGCUGUGCACAGCCAAACCGCCGCCAUGCCCCCCUGCCCUGCAGGCUGGGUUUCUCUCUGGAAAGGCUUUUCUUUCAUAAUGUUCACCAGUGCAGGUUCAGAGGGAGCUGGACAAGCACUGGCCUCCCCCGGCUCCUGCCUGGAAGAAUUCCGUGCCAGCCCUUUCCUAGAAUGUCAUGGAAGAGGAACGUGCAACUACUAUUCAAAUUCUUACAGCUUCUGGUUGGCUUCCUUAAACCCCAAAAGAAUGUUCAGAAAACCAAGUCCGUUGACGGUCAAAGCUGGGGAGUUAGAAAAGAUAAUCAGCCGGUGCCAGGUGUGCAUGAAGAGGAGGCGGUGAGGACAUCGAGGAGACAGAGCUGUUGGUUUUCAUCCUAAAUAAGCGAGCAGUGGCACCGAGCAGGCAUGCAUUUGGGAACGCCCGAACCAGACCAUAGGGCGCUGUGAUGGUUUCAUACAAAUUUUCCAUCGCUUCUCCACACAGCAAAACACCGACGUGAGAGUGGUGAUCCUGAUCUUGAAAACGUAGUCCCCUGUGGGGAGGCAGCAUUGCUUUCAUGGAACAAACCCCCAGGAACUGGAUCCCUGGUAUGUCGCCAAUGCGCGACUUAAGUGGUGCUGAUCGAACACUGGAGUGCUACAGGUCAAGAGCGACCUGGUCUAAGAGCCUCACCGCUGGUCCUCUUCCCUCCCAGUCUUAGGACUCAGGCAGGGUACAUCCAUUUCAGAUCACCCCCUGCCUGUCGGAAGUGUUGGACUCUCAGAAGAAAGGAUGGGAGGCUCGAAGAAACGGGGCUGGGAAGAAGGCAGGAACAGAAGGGGCCUGCCUGGCACUGAAGCGACGCAGAGUUGCAGAGAGGACAGAGCAGACCUCCCCUGGGGUUUCUGAGUUCCUCUCAGACAUACUCAAGAAGAGAACCAAUGCUUUCCCGGAGAGAACCCUCGGACCCUGGGAAGCCCUCUACGGUUUUGUUGUUGUGUCUUGAGUUCCUUUCGCUGCCUUGAACGUAGAUAAAAUCUGUACACUUGUUGAAUUCCUGCGUGGCCCAAACUCUGACAGGUGUCUGCCUUCCACUUCUCUUUCACCCACCCCCCCUCACAGAAGACAAGGGGCACCAGAAGUGGACUGUGUUCCCUCCCUCUCUGUCCAGGUGGGUGCCCACCUGCCAUCGCUGACUAGCUCAGCAAUCCGGGAACAAACUGGAGGUGUCUGUUGGUUCAAAUGCUCUCUUUGCUCUCAGUCGUCCAUUGUAAGCACAUGAACUUCCUUCUUGCGUCUCAAAUUUCCCUUGGUGAACAUAGUUCCCCUUGGCAAGCUUACAGACCACCACGAAACAGUCCACUGUGUGAAAACCUUUAUGUGAACAAUGAUAUAGUCGGCCAUUGUGUCUGUGAGCUUGCUGUUUGGGGCAUAUUACAUUCCCAAAGUUCGUUUCUGUUCAUGCAUGGAAUUGAAACUGACAUUUUAUUCGAUACCAAUCCUUGUCCUGGGUGCUACGCUAAAUGAUCAGGAUGGGAAGGAGAAAAAGGGAGACCCUCGUUUCUGUCUUAUCUCCCAGCUCAAUUAGUAACUUACUUGUCUCUUUAAAAUCUCACGUGUUUGAUUUAUUCCUCCUCCCAGGCUGUUUCUUUUCUUCCUUUGUCAAUGUUUCUUCCUCCCUGGUCAUGAUUCAUAAAGCUGACUUGAGGUUUAAAAACUAAGCUCUGUGCUUAUGGACAGCCCAGGACUUCUGGCUUCUCUGAGGCAUGGUGGGAACCAAGGUGUGGACAAUGUUGAGAAGACAGAGAUCCACAGAACAUUAAAAAGCGUGUGUACUCGGUGCUGGCAUCAUUGGAAGCAUCCCGGGAGCCGGGUGGCAUGAGGCAAAACUCUGAAGCUGUGCGGGCCUGCCCAUGGAUGUGUGGUGCUGAUGUUCAAAGUCAGGCCCCAGCUUCCCUCUCAAUGACAAGUGAAGAUACGCAUGACCCUGAGGACAGCUCAGAGGGCCCCCAUGGUUAACAUUCAUCACUGCUCUUGUAAUUGCUGUCAAGCCAUUUUUACAUCUAAACUCAGGUGCUUGUUCCAUUUUGCUGAUUUACCUAGAUUCACCUCAUAUCAAUGUGCUGAGGUUCAAAAAAUGCCCUAUUGUCCCAAUUGCCCUAUCAUGACAUAUGGGGCUCAUUGAAAUUCACAAAACCUCUGUAGGCCAGGAGUGCUCAAAGCGGGGCCCUGGGACCAGCACCUUCUUGGAACUUGUUACAAUUGUAAAUUCCCAAGGCAACCCCAGACAGACUGAAGCAGGACCUCUGGAGUGGGGCUCAGUAAUCUGGUUGUCAGAAUCCCUCCCUCCAAGUGUAUUCUAACAUUUGAGACCCACUGUUCCAGGAAAAUCCCCAAAAUUACUCGAGACAGUUACCAGGGACUGUGGACUACCAUCUCUCCCUCCUUGCUUCUCUUUGAAGCCUGUGGUCCCAGACGACCUUCCAAAGUAUAAGGGGAAACCCAUGACUGGUGCUUGUGCGAAAUAACGGGCCUGUGCUUGUGCCCAGGACUCCACUUUUUCCGUGCCCUUUAUCAGUGUUGAACUUCUGAAAAAGACACAUGGUGCGAAAGCCUUCAGGUCCAAAGAAGCCAUGUUCACUGCUGUUCAGCCAUCGUUCUAAGACAACCAAGCAUUAACAUAGACUUGUAUGCAUCCUUUUCCAGUGAGUAGCUCACAAAGUUAAAUAACUGAUUUCCUUUCAGUGUAGGGUAUCAGUUUGGGAAUUUCAGGGUCUCAGAGGUCUUUCUUUUCUUGCAAGAUACAAUUAAAGUCAUUUAUUUAUUAAAGUAUUAUAGCACACUCACUCCUCAUUCAUUGUCAAGGUUAGCUUCCAAAGCCCAAGUCAUUAUGCAAAAAUAUCAGUAUGCAAAAAUUGAGGGUGAGCACCUCAGCAUGGAAGAUGAUUACAUCAUCGGAUAACUUGCAAACCACUGAGAAUCACGACCCAGCCGAGUUGACACAUCACCUCGCAGGCAGCCUUGCUAUGGCCUCCCAUGACGGCAAUCAGAACCGACCGAUGUACUUCAUUCAUGAGUCAAACAGUCAGAUAAGGGUUUUUCACUAUUGUCAAAAAUGUAAAAUGUUGGAUAAUGGGAAAGUUGAGAAAUGAGGAGCAGGUGAAAUACCUAAGUUUGAAUUUUAUUGCUAAUUUUUCUAUGCUCAAAUGUAACUAUAGCCAUCAAAUUUGAUACUCACUCUUGUACCAGAUGAAAUGCAUCUAAAAUAUAUUGGAGGUUUUAUAUUAUUAUUAUUUCCUGAUGAAUUUCAAUAUUAUGAUGUGCACAUAUUUCUGUAAUAGCUAAAAUAUUAUUUUUAUGUAUUAUCUCAGAAUAAAAUUAAAGGAAACCGUA